AAAAACAACAAAAAGCUUAAUAAAUGGUAAAAUAAUUCCAUCUUUCGUAUUACGACUUUAUGCAGGUGUAAGAAAACUAUGGCUUUCUAUACCCUAAGUUUUAAUUAGAUAUAAGAUGUAAAUAAAUACGUGAAAAUCAAUAGUAAUUUCUCAGUCAUAGCAUUAUUUAUUUGACAAUAUAAUGAGAAAAAAUUUAAUAUUUUUUUCAACAAAAUCAAUGAAAAGCAAACGGUAUUCAUCAAUAAAUUUGCAUUUAUAUCUAUAAAUGUAAUUUCAUUUAAUUAAUUUAGUAAGAACAUUAUGACAAGAUAAAACAUGAAAAAUUUAUUAUUGACUUGCGCAUUACAUCUAACAAAGAUAUCUAUUCUAAUAUCAUUAACGAUAUUUAUUAAGUAAAAAAUAUGUCUUUAUCAAAAAGUGAAACUGAAAAAAUUUUAACGCCAAAAAAUAACAAUCGGACUGACGUAGAAAUUUAUGUGAAACACACACGAUGGCUAUUUUAUAUUCUUGGGUUGUGGCCUUUUAUGUUUUAUACUUCAACAAGGCAUAAAUUAUAUUUAGCUGUGGUAAUACAAAUUAUUUGUUAUAUUACGUUGUUUUUCGCAAUAAUUCCAUCAUUCUAUCAUAUGUUUUGGUAUGAUAAAAGUGUCAAUGUGAAAAUAGCUCUAUUUGGCCCCACAGGAGUUUCUGUAGCGUGUGUUUUUAAGUAUUUUGCGAUUUCCUACCACUUGAAAAAUAUUAAAGAAUGUCUUAAACAAAUACAAAAAGAUUGGGAAAUGACAACAUGUAAGAAUGAUUGGGAAAUUAUGGUAAAUUAUGCAAAAAAAGGAAAUAAUGUCACUUAUUUUUGUAUUAUUGUUAUGUAUGGAGGAGGAGUUUCUCAUCAAUCGGUUGCCCCCUUCUUACCCGGCAGUCCAACAACGUUACUACGUAAUUCAUCCGAUCGACCGUUACUUUAUCCUACAUCAAUGUUUGAUCCUUAUUUCAACACUCAAAAGUCUCCUAUCUAUGAAACAUUUUAUUUAUCACACAUUUUAAUGGGCGUUGUUGUCUGUACUAUGAUGGUUAGCACGUGUAAUCUUGGAGCUAUUUUAGUCACUCAUAUUUGUGGUCAAAUUGAAAUAAUUAUUCGAAGGCUGCAGAGUCUUGAAAACUAUCAAAGUAAUGGCGAGAAUUUUGACCAAAGUUUAUCAGCAAUUAUUCAACGUCAUAAUAAAGUUAUCAAAUUAUCAUUGUAUACAGAGCAAAUUUUGCGUGAAGUGUGUUUAGUUGAAGUUGUUGCAGCAACUUUAUUUAUUUGCAUGGAUGAAUAUUAUUGUUUAUUGGCUUGGAAAAAUAAUAAUCAAAUUGGCUUAACGAUUUAUUCUAUAUUACUAGUGGCAUUUAUUUUUAAUAUAUACAUUUUUUGUCACAUUGGAGAAUUAUUAAAACAACAGUUUGGUAAAAUUGGAGAUUCUAUUUAUGAAAUCAAUUGGUACAAUUUUCCUCAAAAAAAUUCUUCAAAUUUAGUUAUGAUGAUAGCUAUAAGCCAAAAUCCUCAACAAAUAACAGCUGGUGGUCUCUUUGAGUUAUCAUUCAAAGGUUUUUCUAGUGUUUUAAAAACAUCAGUGGCGUAUUUGAACAUAUUGCGAAUGAUGGAACUUUGAAAAUUUAGUUCUAAAUACUUGAUGAGUUAAGAACUAAGGUUUUUUUUAGUUUAGAAUAUUUACAUUCUCACCAUCAACUACUUAACAAUACUUUAAAAUAAAAAGAGACUAUAUAAAAAUAAAACGUAUAACAGUGUAAAUUUCUGUAUUGAAAAGUUAUUGACAAAAAAAAGGCUUAAUUUCCCGGUGAAUAUCUUCCGAAUAUCUCAAGUAUUUAAUAUUCCUCAACAGUUUUAA